GAUCUUUUUGCCUCUACCUCCCGAGUGGCUGGGACUACAGGUGUGCGCCACCACGCCCCCCUCCUGCCCAGGGUUGUUACUGGGGUGGUCACGUGGGCAGCUUCUGCCUGGGAUGGACCACAAAGCCAGACUCCCGGCGGGGACACGAGUGUUCCACAUAAGCUGCGUCAUUGGUUCCGUGAUGCCCGUUAGGGGAAGGAAGGGUGGGAAAGCCGAGCCCCCAAGUGCCUGCAGAGCCCACCUGGUGCAGACCUCGCCGCCUCGGGGCUGCUGCUCGCACUUCUGCACCUUCCCCUGACUAGGCCCCUGUUCCUUUAGGCCACACUACACCCAUUCAUUUUUCCACACUCUGAGCUGUGCCUCCCAAGCCCAGGGCAGCCAGGCUUGGCAGAGCCUCUGCCUUGAGGCCAGCAUGCCCAAUGGCCCCUUUGAGAGGAUUUCCUGAAGCUUCCUGUCUGAGCUUUCUGGCCUGAGGGCAUUGGGAAGGAGCCUGCGGAGCUGGAGGUCAGCAGGUGGACGGGUUGCGCUGUCCUGGCUUUUGGAGUGUGGAGCCGGAGCGGGUGGGACAGGUGACCUGCUGCUGGGCUUGGUGGUCCCUGCUGCAGGGAAGGGGCAGCUGGUGUGAACACAAGGAGCUGCAGGACUGGAGAAGGCCAGGGCCAGGAACCUGCCGAUGGACACCGGCGAGGGGCCAGGCACGGCCCAGACUCCCUGGCCGGCUGGGGUCCGACAGGAGCGCCAGGUUCCUUGGGCUGCCCAAGGAGCUGCUUGUUUGGCCGCUGUUUUUUCAUCUGUAAAUGGAAUGAGUUCUACACAAGAUCCAAGUGCCGUCCCCUGUUUGAGAAGGUUCUUGUGGGCUCUGGGCUCAUCCCACCUCCCGCAGUGGGCAGGAGGCCACCGAGAGGUGCAAGACCAUGCGCCAUGUUUCGAGAGGAAGCUGGGCCUCAGAGGAGCCUGGGGCCUGUGUCUGAGACCCGGCCAAGUGCUGGACGUCUCCCCUUCCUCGUGGCUGUUGUGGCCGAAGUACGUCCCCCCAAAUUCUCAUGUUGCAGCCUUAACCCCAGCACCUCAGAGUGGGACUCGAUUUGGAGAUGGAGCCCCUACAGAGGUCAUCAGGUUAAAAGAGGCCAUCAGGGCUCUGGGUGGGCCCUGAUCCAAGCUGAUUGGUCCUUGUAAGAAGACGAGAUGAGGACACAGACACACACAGAGGGACAGCGCCAUGAGGACACGGGAAGUUGACGCUGUCUGCAAGCCCUGGGGAGAGGCCUCGGGAACCAGCCUUGGAGACGCCUUGACCUUGGACCCAGUGCUCAGGACAGUAGGAGAAUUGAAGCCACCUGGUUGCAGCCCUUCCCGAUGCCACCCUGUAUUAGUCCAUUCUCACACUGCUAAUUGUUGGGAAAAGGGCUUGUGGGACACCUGUAUAAACUGGCCAUAAAAAUAUGGGACAAUAAGUUGUGGAAAGCUACAAGAGGCCUCUGAGGAGGAAAGCCUCCUAGUUGCCAUCAUGUUCCCAUGCUCAGAGCGAGACCCGCUCUCUUAUCUGUAAACAUGGUGUUCAAGGAGAAGGCGCUGGAAUGUGGACAGACGUGCAGGCUGCUGGUUAAGCCACUCCCACUAACUCUCUGAUAAGUUAAAGAUAGGCUGUUUGAGCACAAAGGAGAUUCCUUUAAACCGCUAUUGCUAUAGAUUACGCCUGUGACAUACUGCCUCCCUUUCACCGUUUCGCCCUGAACGUCUGCUUCUUAGAUCUAAGUGAUUGUACUCAAUAAAUAGUGUGGACACCAGA